UGGGCGCAGAGCUCCGGCGCGUCUCCUCCCGCACCGCCGCAGCUGUCGCACCGGGACGCAGCCGGGACCCAGCCGGACCGAGCGCGCUCCGCAGGACUCAGCGCCACAGGCAUCUCCGCACAGCCGGCCGCCAGCAACCCCUCCUCAGCCCCAAGACGACUUUGCAGCCCUCUGCCUCCCGCCUGUCCGAGCGUCGCGGCCACCUGCGCGCAGAUGGAGCUGGACCACAUGACGAGCGGCGGCCUCCACGCCUACCCCGGGCCGCGGGGCGGGCCGGUGGCCAAGCCCAACGUGAUCUUGCAGAUCGGUAAGUGCCGGACCGAGAUGCUGGAGCACGUGCGGAGGACCCACCGGCACCUGCUGGCUGAGGUGUCCAAGCAGGUGGAACGUGAGUUGAAGGGGCUGCACAGGUCGGUGGGCAAGCUGGAGAGCAACCUGGAUGGCUACGUGCCCACCGGCGACUCGCAGCGCUGGAAAAAGUCUAUCAAGGCGUGCCUCUGCCGCUGCCAGGAGACCAUCGCCAACCUGGAGCGCUGGGUCAAGCGCGAGAUGCACGUGUGGCGGGAGAUCUUCUACCGGCUGGAGAGGUGGGCGGACCGCCUGGAGGCCAUGGGCAGCAAGUACCAGGUGGGCAGCGAGCCAGCCCGCCAGACCGUCUCGGUGGGCGUGGGGGGUCCUGAGAACUACUGCCAGGACGCCGAUGCCUACGACUACACAGUCAGCCCCUACGCCAUCACCUCGCCGCCCGCCGCUGGCGAGCUGCCUGGGCAGGAGCCGGUGGAGGCCCAGCAGUACCCGCCCUGGGGGCCAGGCGAGGACGGGCAGCUGAGCCCCGGCGUGGACACGCAGAUCUUCGAGGACCCCAGGGAGUUCCUCAGCCACCUGGAGGAGUACCUGCGACAGGUGGGCGGCUCCGAGGAGUACUGGCUGUCACAAAUUCAGAACCACAUGAACGGGCCGGCCAAGAAGUGGUGGGAGUUCAAGCAGGGCUCGGUGAAGAACUGGGUGGAGUUCAAGAAGGAGUUCCUUCAGUACAGCGAGGGCACGCUGUCCCGUGAGGCCAUCCAGCGCGAGCUGGACCUGCCGCAGAAGCAGGGGGAGCCGCUGGACCAGUUCCUGUGGCGCAAGCGCGACCUGUACCAGACGCUGUACGUGGAUGCCGAUGAGGAGGAGAUCAUCCAGUACGUGGUGGGCACCCUGCAGCCCAAGCUCAAGCGCUUCCUGCGCCACCCGCUGCCCAAGACCCUCGAGCAGCUCAUCCAGAGGGGCAUGGAGGUGCAGGAUGGCCUGGAGCAGGCGGCUGAGCCAGCCGGGCCCCGCCUCCCCACCGAGGACGAGGGUGAGGCAGAGUCCGUCACGCCGGCCCUCACCAACGAGUCCGUAGCCAGUGACCGGACCCAGCCCGAAUAGAGGGCAGUCAGGGCCCCCACCUGCCCACCACACCGCGCCUGUGGCCUUUGCAAACCAGGACUUUCGAGCUGGGCUGACUCCUGCAGGGGGGGCCCUCAUCCUCAUCCAGCCGGGCCCCCACCUCAGCCUCCCAGCCUGACUCACACAGGCACACGUCAUCCAGAUGUGGACAGCACCCCCCAAACAGCAAAGGAGCCCUUCUCCCCUGUAGGGCCCCUGCCCCAUCACCCUCCCUCCGUCUGUCUUCCCCACCCCUGUACCUGCCUGGGCCAGUGACCCUCCUCCACCGCACCCCCCUCCCCCCAGCCAUGGCAGGCCAUCUCAGCUUCCUUAUUCUGCUCAAAACCCGGGCUCUCUGGGUACUCAGAAACCAAAUGUCCAGAUGGCACGGACCGGCAGGCACCGACCUCAAAAAACACCCCAGAGCAAAAGCUAAAGCAGAACCAGUGCUAUGAGAACCUCGGCUUCAGGGGCGCCGCCCUCUCCUGGCUGUCACCACAUAGCCGGCUGGCACCCUUGCCGCCGCCCAGGGCGGCGGGCCAGCCUCGGGCAGUGUGGCUCCCUCCCCCAGAAGAGAGCUGAAGCCGAAAACACGGCAGCGGCAGCCGCAGCAGCAACAGACCUGAGCAAACUCCUGGUGCCUCCUGGCCCCUCAGCAUCAGUGAUUCACGCCAGCCUGGAGAAGGCUUGAGCUCGGCUCGAUGACUCACCCUUGGCAGGCGGAAGGUCCCACAGGGCCUGAGUCUUCAAACCCGGCUGAGGCGGCAGCCGGUGUCCUCGGAGCCAGGAGAAUGACAACAGGUCUCAAGGCUCCCGCCAAGCCUUUGCUGCUGUGCCUGGCACCACCCCCUCCCGUCUCCUCCGCAAGCUGCCUGCACAGGAGGAGAAGUACAGGCCCGUGAGGGAGGGGGGCUGCAGAGAGAAGGGGACCCUGACAGAGCUGCCGGUGAAGAUGGGCCAGUGUGAGGGCCAGGGCCUGCCACUUUGCCUGCCCCGCUGGCCACCAGCCUGUCCACCCCUAGGGCCACUGUGGCUGGAGCCACCUUGUCUUGCUCCAGCCUGAGAACCCCCGCCUACCACGUGGCCAUCCUCUACUGCCAGAGCUUUCUGCGAGCCUGGGGCUGAGGCCACAGCCCCUGCCUCUGCCCCGAGGCCCCAGGCCCAGCCCCAGGAGAUCCAGAAGCUUUUGCUCCUGGGGCUCACGUGGGCUCUCUGCCAGCCCUGCCGUUGCCCAGGCCCGGACCCCCGCCUCCCCCAGCACCAACACCCCGGUGCUGGCCAGCCGCUCAUGUCUGCAGCCCAAGCAGGCCCUGGUUGGGGGUUCCUCUUCUGCCAGUCCACUAGAGAUUCGGGUCACUAACGAUGUCUGCAGGUGACUGCUGGCCCCCCAUCUCUGCCAGGCCCCCCAGAUUUUAUUAUUGCACAUAAGCCAUAAGCCACACUCACAGGCUGGCACAGGCUGCAGGGAGGUCCUAGGGUCCUCAAUUGGAUUUGGCCAGUCGCCCCACCCCCAAGCCAUGAAGGUCAGGCCAGGCUGUGUACACCCCUGCCACCAUACCUGAAGACAGACUUUUUUGUAAUAUUUUGUUAAUAAAACACUGAAACUUC